AUGGCACGGGGUGGCCUUCGCAAAUCACGAAUCCCCACUGGCGCUCUUGGCGUCCUCCCUAGGGGCCCCCGGAGGCAAUCCAAAACAGGCCUCGACGACGCAGCGGGCGGCGUGUUUGGGGAGACGGGGGGAGGCGUGUGGACGAGGUUGGCCCUGCAAAGCGACAGCGGCGACUGCUUGGCGCCGAGCCGUCUCAGCGCCGGAAGCCAAGAGAACAGCGGGCAAGGUGGGUUUGCCACGGAAGGUUUUGGCGCAUUCUCUGAUUGCUGUCCCGCCGCCCAGAGAUUCCAGGGUCAGGGUGGCUGGCAGGCGGCUCCUUUAGGGGAGCCGACGCGAGGUGAUGUCGUCGACGUCGACGUGCACGAGCUGACUUCCAUAUCAGGUGCCUCCCAGAACCGCCUGUGGGGAGAGGAAAGAGAAUGGACGGCCCGAGUUUGGAGAAACGGGACGAACAGUUGGAGAAACGGGACGAACAAGUUUGUGGGCGGCGCAUUGGAGAAGCGGGACGAACAGUUUGUGGCGGCGCAUUGGAGUCGAAAGUGCGCAAGCGUCCGCAGCAACUUAGAACGCAGCCAGCGUCGAAGCUACUGGAGCGCCGUUUCGAGCCUGGGAUGGGAUAUAGCGUACCCCAGCGUGACCCAGUGGCCCGUGCAGUUCUGCACUGCCUCCCGGGUCCAGCUCGAGGCUGUAAACAAGCCUGGGCCCAGUCGUUCAAGCUUUGGCCCUGGCAGCCGUUUGACUUGGCGCGAUGGGGUCUUCGCUAGGCCCCACCCGCUAGGCCCAAAAUGGACGGGCUACCGGUGUCAGGCCCCUGCCACAACCUCUCUUGAGGAGCAAAAUCAGGCCACUUUCUCUCUUCCCUCCUCUCUGCUGUCCGCCUUCGACUCCAAUAUCGGCCAGCCCAGGCCUUGCCUGCCCCUAGCGCCCCCCCCCCCCACGCGCCCUCGCCGCCGGCCCCCGCGGCCUUCGAUCAUGUCACCAGCACCAGCACCGGGAGCCACCUGCCAUGCUGCCUGGAUCCCCCCCUCGCUAGCCGAUCUUGAUCGAAGCUGA